AUGCCUUCAAAAAAAUGCUUAACGUGGGCCCUGGGUGCUGAAUUGGCGAGAUCCCAUUGGCGAAGAGGACGUGUUCAGUGCAAGAAGAAAACCGUUGCAGGAAAUAGGGAGGGAGUUUCGGGGUGGAAGAAAAGAGGAUCGGCGAUUCUCCGAUUCGAUUCCAGGCGUCCCAAAAAUGGAGGUUUCCGCAGCUUAGAAGAAGAACAAGUUGAGUUUUCGUCUUUGAUUUCUUCCCUCUCUCGCCCCUCGGAGAAAAUGAAAGCCUGGGCGAAGCAGCUGAAGAGGUCGUUCGGGGCCUCAUUUCUAUGGCUCGUUUGCUUGAUUUACUUCACUCAGGUUUUUGCUCUCUUCUUCGUCCUUUCCCAUGAGCGCUGUCAUUUCUUCUGCACUCUUGUAGCUUGUGGAAAUGCCCCUGAGAAUUCGGAGAGGAAGGUAGGAAGGGGAUGGGGCUUGUUGGGUUUCAGAUCAUUUGUAUGGACAGCAGUUUCCUACCAGCUGAAAGACAAGCUUAAACUGUCACCAUCAGCCUCCCAGUUUGUGUCUUCAGUAGCAUUUUUCCCAUGGAGCAUUAAACCGCUAUAUGGGUACUGUUCUUUACUCUAUUUCAUAAUAGUAUCUGAUUGCAUCUCCAUUAGAGGAAGAAAGAGGAUACCGUACCUCAUAAUUGCCACCAUCCUCUCUCUGGUGCCAUGGCCGAUAUUAGGCCUGAAUGCAACUUUCAGGAACUCAAGCUGGCAUCUCAUGGUCUUGUUGACAGCACAAAACCUGGGUACUGCUAUGGCAGAUGUUGUGGUUGAUGCAAUGAUUGCUGAGGCUGUGCGUUCUGAGAAGGCCUCGUUUGCAGGAGAUCUGCAGUCACUUUCUUGGUUUUCAAUGGCUCUGGGUGGUAUAUGUGGAAGUCUAUUGGGAGGAUAUGCAUUAUCCAACUUACCAAUCGACAAAAUUUUCCUUCUUUUCACUGUACUCCCCGCAAUACAGCUUUUCUCCUGUGUUUUGGUUGAGGAGACUCCUGUAAGCAGUGGGGAUGUUCCUACAUCUGAAGAUUUAGGUGAUUCCCAUGAUAUGAACGGAAAUAGUCCUUCUGACGAGGACAGUUACUUUAUGAGGAAGUCCAGCUCAACUAUCUCCAAGAGGAAGAAAAGCAAAAAAAGGGGCAAAAAGAAGAGAUUUAGCAACAAAUCGCAGUUCGUUGAGAAAGAGAAUGCUGGAAGAUUAGGUUGGUACUACUCGUUGAAAUCAGCUACUUACAGCUUGUUACAAGCUUUCAGGAAGCCGAUCAUACUAAGACCGAUGGCAUGGUUCUUUCUGGCACACAUCACUUUCCCCAACCUCUCAACAGUCAUGUUCUAUUACCAGACAGAGUUCCUGAACUUGGACGCAGCUUUCUUGGGGACUACUCGUGUCAUUGGCUGGUUAGGCCUCAUGCUUGGGACUUUCGUUUACAAUCGACACUUAAAGACCAUGAAACUAAGAACGAUUCUACUAUACACACAUAUCGGGUUGUCCUUGUUGAGUCUCCUGGACAUUGUUCUUGUCUCCCGAAUGAAUAUUGCCUAUGGGAUAACGGAUAAGCAUAUGGUCCUCGUUGGAUCUGCUCUUGCUGAUGCAAUUAAUCAGUUCAAGUUCAUGCCAUUCCUGAUUUUAUCGGGACAGUUGUGCCCACCAGGCAUUGAAGGAACCCUAUUUGCCCUCUUCAUGUCUAUCAACAACUUUGGUUCCACAGUUGGGUCGUUUGUUGGUGCUGGAUUGGCUUCCUUCCUCAACCUCUCAUCAGGAUCUUUCGACAAUCUCCUUCUGGGCAUAGCGAUCCAAGUUGCCUGCAUCUACAUUCCUGUCCUUUUCCUGUUCCUAAUACCGAAAGAAGCUACUGGGGUAUCAGCAUAGAGUAUUAUAGUCAACUCACCAUUACCUAACUAUACAGCACACCUUAUUUUUGGGUCGGAAGAGAAAAGUUGUGUUGUUCAUCAUCAACAUCAAGUGCGGGAAGCUUAGUGUUUUAACGUUCGAGAACUUCCGAGGAUGUUGCUGCUUUUGAUCUGUAGUCAUCACAGGUAGAAUUUCAGCAGAUAUAUUGUAAACGCAGAAGUUUCCAUGUUAAAAGUAGCCGAACUUUGUGUUGUUUCUCAUGAGAUUCUUCAUCAAGAAACAGUUUAUUUGGGAUUGACUAAUCCUUUAUUAGAUAAAAUAGCUGGCCUGGCCCCUUGUUUAUUUUCCAGAGUGUGAAUGUGGAACUUUUGGGGAGGAAAUAGGAAUUGCAAAGAAGUUGGUGCUAAAACAUGGAAAAACGAUGUGAAACUUUAGGGUAGCAAAUAUAAAUUACCGAAAAGUUUGGGCUGCAAACUGAAAAAACUUAUAGAGAUGGAAGAAAU